CUGAACUAAGACAACUCUGCUAUUUCUCCUGCUGCGCCUUUUCCCUGGAAACAAUAACAUCUUGCCAUCGUCAAGUUUUAAAUUACAAGUGGUAAGAAAUCCGACAUAUGAGGGUAUAAUUCACAGCUUGUACAAUUGCGCUGCGGGACUACUUCGACUCGUAAGCUUAACCCCUGGUCCAAGGCUCCCCAGAAUCCCCAACAAAGACGACAGCUACAACAACCCACCUUCAAGUCUUUCUUCUAACAAACCAUUGUAUGCACAGAUAACUAUUCAUCAUGCGCCCAAGAGACUUGUCGCCGUCUGCGGCGCUUCUCGCAACUCUCCUCGCGGCACCACAACUAUCAACAGCUUUCUACCUCCCUGGUGUUGCGCCAACAACGUACAAAGAAGGAGAUGCCGUUUCAUUGAAUGUGAAUCGCCUCACUCCAGUUGGAUCGAAUCAAGACGGCACACUUAGAUCGGUCGUUUCCUUCGACUACUAUCACCCAGCGUUCCACUUCUGCAGACCAGAACCAGAACCGCAACAUGUGUCAGAAAGCCUGGGUAGCAUCCUCUUUGGGGAUCGGAUAAUGACUUCGCCAUUCGAGCUUAAGAUGGCGCAAAACGAGACGUGUAAAAAGUUGUGCUCGACGAAGUACGAUCAAAGUUCAACACAUUUUGUCAACAGGAGGAUAGCGCAAGGGUUUGCGCUGAACUGGUUGGUGGAUGGGCUGCCCGCAGGCCAACUGAUUGAGGAUGAGGUUACGAACACGAAAUUCUACAGUCAAGGAUUUGCGCUCGGAAGCGCAGAUGCAAAGAACUUGGCCCUCAACAACCAUUACGAUAUCCUGAUUGACUACCAUGAGACUUCGACUGGGAAUUACAGAGUUGUCGGAGUAAUCGUACAGCCGGACUCGAGGGAAUCACAGAAGUCUGGUAAUGGACAAGGAGUCAAGCAGGCCGGACAUUGCGGUAUUGGCGGUGCAAAGAUGGUCUUGAACGAGGGUGCUGAGACCGAUGUGAUGUUUACGUACAGCGUGUACUGGAUUCCAUCUGCGACUGCCUGGGCUACAAGAUGGGACAAAUACUUGCAUGUUUUCGACCCCAAGAUCCAUUGGUUCUCACUGAUCAACUCGGCUGUUAUUGUCGUCUUCCUGGUCAUUACUGUGGUUUCAAUUUUGUUACGUACACUCAGGAAGGAUAUUGCGAGAUACAAUGCUCUGGACUCGAUCAACCUCGACGAUCUGUCUGGAACAUCUGCUGUUGCUGAGGAUGGCAUUCAGGAAGAUUCUGGGUGGAAGUUGGUACAUGGGGAUGUAUUCCGUACACCAAAAUCCCCGCUGCUUCUGAGUGUCUUUCUCGGGAACGGUGCUCAGCUUUUCGUCAUGACUGGCUUCACAAUUGUCUUCGCCCUUCUCGGAUUCCUUUCACCAUCAAACCGUGGCUCUCUGGGCACCAUUAUGGUACUCCUUUACACAGUUCUCGGAUUCAUCGGCGGAUAUGCAUCGGCCAGAGUAUACAAGUCCUUUGGUGGUGAGCAAUGGAAGCUCAACAUUGCCUUGACACCCGUCAUGGUUCCUGGCAUCGUUUUCAGUACUUUCUUCCUACUCAACCUUUUCCUCUGGGCCAAGGGUUCUUCCGGCGCCGUUCCAUUUACAACAAUGCUCGUUAUUGUUGGCAUCUGGUUCUUGAUCUCAGUUCCUCUAUCUUUCGCAGGAAGCUGGGUUGGAUUUCGCCAACCACCGAUCGCAGCCCCAGUCCGCACCAACCAGAUCCCUCGCCAAAUCCCACCCAUGACAACAUACAUGAAGCCCAUUCCAUCAAUGCUAAUUGUGGGUAUCCUCCCAUUCGGUGCCAUCUUCGUCGAGCUCUACUUCAUCAUGUCCUCCAUUUGGUUUAGCAAGGUCUACUACAUGUUCGGAUUCCUGUUCCUCUGCUACGGUCUCAUGAUCAUCACUUGUGCGGCCGUUACCGUUCUGAUGGUCUAUUUCCUGCUCUGCAGUGAGAACUACCACUGGCACUGGAGAGCGUUCAUGACAGCUGGUGCCUCUGCUUUCUAUGUCUUUGCCAACGCUCUCAUUUACUGGAUCACCAAGCUGAAGCUGAGUGGAUUGGCGGGUAGUGUGUUGUACAUCGGAUACAGCGCAUUAGUUUCCUUCCUGUUCUUUAUUCUUACCGGCUCAAUCGGUUUCUUCGCCAGCUGGCUUUUUGUGCAGAAGAUCUACGGAUCCAUCAAAAUCGACUAGAAUUCCUCGUUGUACAAGGGAGGAAUGUUAAACAGAUGACGAAAUGAAGAUUGGUCAAACGCAAAAAUAAAACGUGCAAUGUACUAUAGCUAGGAAGGAAAUGAGAGAUUGGAGAGCGGGAGAUUAAAUUCCCGGCUGCGAGAUUCAGCUACGAUGUUUUCUAUCAUGAAAAUUUGAAGGGGGCGUGCUUGGCGUGAUUUUUCGGGGGCUUGUAUGGUAUAGUAAGACUGGUAUGGUUUGCGAUAGAGGUCAAGUAUACUUCACUUGGUUC